CUUGCUCUUAAUCAUUAAUCCCUCUCAACUCCUCCCUACGUAUGGACUUCUGCCAGAAUAUCUCCGCCGCCGGUGGACUUCCGACCACCUAUCAGCCACCGGAGCAGCACCUCCUUUGCAGCCUCGAUGACCUCCUUUCUGGCCAUUCCAUGGAAGAUGUCAAUAUGGAAUGGCUGUCCAUUUUUGUGGAAGACUGUUUAUCAAGCAGUGGCAAUUGUAUGCCUCCAGCAGAGGUUAAACCCCAGAGUACAACUUUCAAUGCACAAGGUACAAACACAUCAGCAGAGCCUCCUAUGAAAGAAACCCAUUCCAUGCUUAAACUUGUUGUACCUUCCAAGGCAAGAAGCAAGAGAAAGAGAAGCCAAACAUGCUGGUCUCAGCAAUACCUUGUAGGGAAGAAAUGUACAACUCCUAACAGCACCAAUUCCGGGCAGGAGGAAGGAAGCAGCGGGCAGGGGCAAGGGCAAGGAAGGAAAUGCACACAUUGUUUAUCACAGAGAACACCACAAUGGAGGGCAGGUCCACAGGGACCUAAAACACUGUGUAAUGCAUGUGGGGUAAGGUAUAAGUCGGGCAGGUUGCUGCCCGAAUAUCGGCCGGCAAAAAGCCCGACUUUUGUUAGCCAUAAACAUUCUAACUCUCAUAAGAAAGUGUUGGAGAUGAGAAUGACUAUUUUACCCUCCUCAUUAGCCAAUUCCUCCUCUUCAUCUUAGUGGGAUUGAGGGCUUUGUAGUAAUUUUGCAUCAUAACCCAUUUAUGUAAGAAUCAAUGGAGAUGGAUUAUUUGUCUA